AUGUCUACCUUUGGCACCGUCUUCCGAGUCACCACCUUCGGUGAAUCCCACGGCAAGGCCCCCCAGCUCAACCGUCGCCGCCCCGGCCAGAGCGCCAUCACCACGCCCCGCGACGAAAAGGACCGCGUCACCAUCCAGUCCGGCACCGAGUUCGGCAAGACCCUGGGCACCCCCAUCAGCCUCGUCGUCAUGAACGAGGACCAGCGCCCCAAGGACUACGGCAACAAGACCAUGGACGUCGGCGGCGGCCGCAGCAGCGCCCGCGAAACCAUUGCCCGCGUCGCCGCCGGCGCCGUCGCCGAAAAGUUCCUCCUCGAGAGCUACGGCGUCGAGAUUGUCGCCUUCGUCAGCUCCGUCGGCCACGUUGAGCUCUACCCCGAGACCGCCGAGCACCCUUCCCGCAGCCUCAACCCCGCCUUCAUGGGCCUCCUCGAGUCCAUCACAAAGGAGCACGUCGACACCUUUCUCCCCGUGCGCUGCCCCGACAAGGAAGCCACCGACCAAAUGACGGAACUCAUCACCAACCUCCGCGAUGCUAGCAAUAGCACCGGCGGCACCGUCACCUGCGUCAUCCGCAACGUCCCCUCGGGUCUCGGCGAGCCCGCUUUCGACAAGCUCGAGGCCCUCAUCGGCCACGCCAUGAUGAGCAUCCCCGCCGUCAAGGCCUUUGAGAUUGGCUCCGGCUUCAGCGGCACCAAGAUGCUCGGCUCUCAGCACAACGACCCCUUUGGUCGGCUUCAAGCCCCCGCCACCAUUGGCAUCGACCAGACUACCGCCAACUACGAAGGCUCCACCGAAGGCGUUCUCGCCGCCAAGGGCAGGCACGAUCCCUGCGUCGUCCCCAGGGCUGUCCCCAUUGUCGAGGGCAUGGCUGCGCUGGCCAUCAUGGAUGCGCUCGCCAUUCAGCAAUCCAGGCAUGCGCUAAGCGCCUUUAGGAGGUAG